AUGCCUGCAAAAUCCUCGUCAUCGAGUUCUGUUCCACCUCUGAACAAAUAUCUGGCCUCAACAGAAAAGAAGACCCGCGACAAGGCCAUAAAAACUCUUUCCGCGUUUCUUUCGGACGAGACUCGAGAUGAGUUACCAAAAUCUGAAAUGACUAGAUUAUGGAAGGGUAUAUUCUAUUGUUUCUGGAUGUCCGACAAACCAUUGGUUCAACAGGCACUGGCUUCAGAACUCGCGGAAUUAGUACUUACGACAACUAAUUCCUCUUCAAAACUUUCGUUUUUAAAUGGUUUUUGGGAAACCAUGGUUCGUGAAUGGAACGGGAUUGAUAGGCUGAGAUUGGACAAGUAUCUCAUGCUCGUAAGACGUUUCGUUAACGUGUCCUUUCGAGUCUUGAUACGGCAGGAUUGGGACUUGAAGAUAUGUCAGGAAUAUAACACUAUCCUAUCACAUCAAGACGGACCUCUUUGUGCAUCAGAUGGUCGAGUUCCUGUGGGCCUUGUUUACCAUAUUGCCGAUGUUUACCUCGAAGAACUCGAAAAAGCUCUCCGCUCAUCGACCAGAGAUACGAUAAAACCUGUCCCGCUCGCUCUCAUACUCUCCCCUUUCUUCAACUUGGCUGCCCAAACAUCUCUGGGUACCAUGUAUCAGCAUCUCCAAUCAUCGUUAUUCGAUCCGCUGCUAUUGUCGUGUUCAAGUUCGAAAGUUACUUCCGAGGACGAAAACGACGGCGAGACACGGGCACGAAAGCGCAGACGCGUCAAUGGUGGUUCAUCAGAUAUGUAUCCAUCCAUGAUAUCCAACGCUUGCCUCGACGACGCGUCCAUCGAGGUCAAACUACCCGUCAGUGAUUUACGCAAAAAAAUACUGCGACGAUUGUUUGAGGUGGCUAGUCAAGCAGAGACGCGAGACGCAAAUCGUCGAAAAAUAUACGCAUUAUGGAAGGCCGAGAAUGAUGACGAAGACGAUACGGAUGAAGAGUAG